UCUGCUGCGCUCUGGGCUGGUUUCUAUUCAAAUGUGGGUCAGGGGUGAGGAAGCCUAACGUCAUAAGCUUUGCAACAUGGCGUCCCGAAGGCUGUGAGAUGAGCAGGAGGAUGGUAGAGAGCGCUUGAGGACGAUCCUACCGAUGUGAUAAGCUUUAGGUGUUGCUCGUUGUGGAAGAGAGAGAGAGAGAGAGAGAGAGAAGAAGGGAGGAAAUGGAACUGCCAAAUCAUGCCAAACAACUGUUGCUGCAACUCAACCAGCAGAGAGCCAAAGGCUUCUUGUGUGACGUCAUCAUUGUGGUGGAGAAUGCACUCUUCCGUGCUCACAAGAACAUCCUGGCAGCAAGCAGCAUUUACUUCAAGUCACUGGUCCUCCAUGAUAACCUAAUUAACCUCGACACAGAGAUGGUCAACCCCUCUGUUUUUAGACAAGUUCUGGAUUUUAUCUAUACUGGAAAGCUCCUGUCCUCCUCGGACCACAGCAACGAGCAGAACUUCAGUGCCCUCUUGACUGCAGCCAGCUACCUCCAGCUCCACGACCUCGCCGCUCUGUGCAGAAAGAAGCUCAAGCGCAGUAGUGGGAAGCCCCUGCCAGGAAAACCCUCCACUCCAGGUCCUCUUAGUCGCUUACGUCUCAACAACCAGCGCCUUUCCUCUUCUACUCCUGCUGGCCCGAACAACCACUAUCCCCCGGCCCCUUCCGAUGCCGACCAACCACAGCCAGAUGAAGGCCUUCGGGACAAGCUCUCGGAUGACGAGCUAUUUGUCGGCAGCUCCGGGAAGGUGGGGAAUGGGGGACAUGGAAGCAGUAAUGGUAACCUUAGCAGUGGAGCAAGUGCUGGGGAGCCAGAUCUUGGACUUGAUCUGUCCAAGAAGAGUCCUCACUCUGCAGGCACAGCCACUGACGCCCUCAGCCCGCACAGCAACUCCCAGGAGUCCCCUCAAUCUGCCUCAGUAUCCACAACCAACAGUGCCUCGUUGGACGACUCCUCAACCACCCUGCCAGGUGCCGACACUUGCAUCUCAGAGACCAUGGAGCUCAACUCCGCUUCCAAAACCUCUGAGGAAACCCCAAACCAAACAGAUGGUCCUCCGCCGCAUAAGAAAACCCGGCAGGCUGCUCGCAAGAACGAAUGGCCAAAAAGAGAGGCGUCAGGGUUGAAGUCGGAGGAACACGACCGGCCCCUGGUCAACGGUGUGAUCGUGGGUCCUAAAGAUGGCCGCUCCUCUGGGAUCUGCGGAGGAAGUGGUAGCUGCUUUGCGUCUGACCAGUCCUUCCACUGUAAAGAUGAGGAUGACGGAGGAGAAAAUGGGCAGGACCACAGUGAUGAAAGUGGUCAAAGUGAUGGAGAGAGUGCAGGAGGCGGAGGAGGGCACCACAGCGUCAACUAUGUGUACCGGCAGGAAGGUUUUGAGCCAGCGUUUGGGGACAACCUCUACGUGUGCAUUCCCUGCGGUAAGGGCUUCCCCAGUUCCGAGCAGCUCAACGCUCACGUGGAAACGCACACCGAGGACGAGCUCUACAUCAAAGAGGAGGGCGGGGCCUUUGUGAAAGAGGAAGACGAUGAGGAAGCCGAGGACCUUUCUGCCCCYGUGGGUCCCUCCGGCUUUGGCUCUGAGUCACGUCCGUUCAAGUGUACUGUCUGCAGUAAGAGCUACAAAGACCCCGCGACGCUGAGGCAACACGAAAAGAGCCACUGGCUGACCCGGCCCUUCCCCUGCAACAUCUGCGGCAAAAUGUUCACCCAACGGGGAACCAUGACACGCCACAUGCGCAGCCACCUGGGCCUCAAGCCCUUUGCAUGCGAGGAGUGCGGCAUGCGCUUCACACGCCAGUACCGCCUGACGGAGCACAUGCGCGUCCACUCCGGGGAGAAGCCGUACGAAUGCCAGCUAUGUGGUGGGAAGUUUACACAGCAGCGCAACCUCAUCAGUCACCUGAGAAUGCACACCUCACCCUCUUAGAAAUGCAUCAAGCCAAAGAACCAUGGGAAUAAGAAAAAUAAAAAGAACAUUUCUCUACCUUUUUUUUCCAUCUCUGAAGCAAAGAAAUGCACACAUACACAUUCACGUGGAAAAGAAACACAUAGCUCUACGUAUAAAGUCCAGUUUACGAUGCCCUGGAUGAGUGAAUGAUGUUGCUGCUCUCCGAGGUGGUCUCUUACCGACGGUGGGAUCUUGUUGGUGCCAGGAUCAGGUUCGUCGUUUUAUAUCGAGUGACGUGUGCUCAUCUCUCAGGAGUUUUUCGAGGGACAAUUUA